ACAAAUUGCGUUUUGUUAGAAGAUGUGAAUGGUCCAGGCAAACAGUCUACAAUUCAUCAUGUACUGAAGCAUUUCAGCAGGAACACACUAAUCCCAGUCAUUACACAGCUAAUGAUGCAUUUUGGAGCAGCGAAGUGGAGGAGGAGAGGUGGCUGUGGAAUGAAGAACCAAGAGGUGGGGGAGUAUAAUGUCCUUCCUUACAGAUCUCUCAGGAGGCAGAGCCUCCAGCUACAUUUUGAUUGUUCUGUUGAAUGGAGUAUUUUGUGUCUUAGCGAGUUCUGAAUGCCUAUUAUUGAGCAGGAACUAAAUACUCCCAUUGUUUAUGACAAACAUUUUGGUUGUUCCCAGCGCGUUUUGAAAAUUACCUACUUGACAAGCAACUAUUUUCAUCAAGCGGUGGAACAGUUUGUCCCGAGCAGACGCAAUCCCUGUGGAAAGGAGCAGCCCGGGGCUGGCUGGCAGCAGCGCCUGCAUCCUCCGUUACCAUGGUGACAGCUCAGCCCCGGGGACCAGCUGCCGAGCGUGCUCGGGGAUGCUCCGCUCCGCUCCCGCAACUUCAGCUCUGAGCAACUUCCCUUGCGCUCAGAGUGCCCCGGGCAGCGGCGCCGGGCGGAGCUGGGGCCGCGCAGCCAUGCAGCCUUCCCCCCGCAGGCGCUCGGCCGUCAGCAUCUUUAGCCAUUUCUUCCAGGGGCGGAGGCAUUCCUCCUCCGAUCCCCUUCUCCGCCUCAGCCAGCGGCGCCGCAGCUCCGUGGUGGAGCUGCUCUCCUCGUCCACGCACCGGGUCAUGGUGGCUCUGUCGUCGCUCAGCCCCGAGGAGCUAGAUGCAACUUUUCCUGAAAAAAAAAGGAGCUCGAGGCGCCCCACGGCCAAGUACACGAAGGUGGGGGAGCGGCUGCGCCACGUCAUCCCCGGGCACAUGCAGUGCUCCAUGGCCUGCGGCGGCCGCGCCUGCAAGUACGAGAACCCCGCGCGCUGGGCCGAGCACGAGCAGGCCAUCAAGGGGCUCUACUCCUCCUGGAUAACAGAUAACAUCCUGGCUAUGGCUCGACCCUCAACAGAAUUAAUUGAAAAGUACAACAUUAUUGAGCAGUUUGAAAGAUGUGGCAUAAAAACCAUAAUUAACCUUCAGCGUCCUGGGGAGCACGCGAGCUGUGGGAACCCCCUGGAGCAGGAGAGCGGCUUCACCUACCUUCCUGAAGCCUUUAUGGAGGCUGGCAUUUAUUUUUAUAAUUUUGGAUGGAAGGAUUACGGAGUGGCAUCUCUCACGACUAUCCUUGACAUGGUAAAGGUGAUGUCUUUCGCCCUGCAGGAGGGGAGGGUGGCUGUUCACUGCCACGCAGGACUUGGGAGGACAGGUGUUCUAAUAGCUUGCUACUUAGUUUUUGCCACCAGAAUGAGUGCUGACCAAGCGAUUCUGUUUGUCAGAGCCAAAAGGCCCAAUUCCAUCCAGACCCGGGGGCAGCUGCUGUGUGUCAGGGAGUUUUCCCAGUUCCUGGUCCCUCUCCGCAAUGUCUUCGCGUGCUGUGAGCCCAAGGCACAUGCGGUCACCCUGUCCCAGUACCUGACCCGCCAGAGGCACCUGCUCCACGGCUACGAGAGCAGGCACCUCAAGCAUGUGCCAAAACUCAUCCACCUGGUGUGCAAGCUGCUGCUGGACCUGGCUGAGAACAGGCAGGUGGUAGAGGCAGAGCUGCUGGACAUCCCAGACCUCUCAGCUGAGAUUGAGAAGACCGUGUCCCAGCUGUCAUCCACGGAGCUCGAGCGGGAGCUGGCCAGGCACGACAGCGACAUGUCGGACUCGUCCAACACCUACUCCUCUGCUCUCGACAGCCAGGACUCACACUCCUCCCUGGGAUACGAAUGUGACGCUUUCUGUAAAAGAAGGAAUGUCGAAUUCCUUCAGCCUCUUACUCAUCUGAGAAGGCGUCUGAGCUACAGUGAGUCAGACCUAAGGAGAACUGAGUUUCUUUUGGAACAGGAUGACACUGCCUGGACAGUGCCUGCUCAGAUCUUAGUGAACAACAAACCCAAGCAGAAUAGUGGGGAGGAAUGUUCUGCCACAGGUGAGGCAAAGCCACAGCUGGAGUUAAACAAAGAAGCAUUAGUGCGUAACACGUGCAUGUUCUGGAGUCAAGGGAGAUUUAGUUUGGAUGGACGUAGGGAUGGCUCCUAUCACAGAAAGAGCUCUACCAAAGAAGUACAACGCAGCAGGACCUUUUCCUCAGACCUCGCGUCCAUGCACGAUCCUAAGGAACCUGGGAUGCCAAGGCACAGCUUUGCCAAUGAGACUGCUCACAGGAAGGACCACAAGACCAAUAUAUAUGGCAGGAGAGUCUAUCUCUCUGAGGACUCUGACUCUUCUUCUUCCUCUUCCAAAGUGAACUUUUCCAUUGGAUAUGAAAGCGAGAGUAGCAGAGAGCUGUCAGAGACAAUUCCACACAUUGUUCUGCAGUCAGAAUUAAGUUUGGAAGCCCGAAGAGUUUUGGCAGCCAAAGCACUUGCAGAUAUAAAUGAAUUUCUGGGAGAGGAUGAAGUGAAGCAGAAGGUAGAAAUGUGGCAGAAAGAACUGAAUUCUCAAGAUGGAGCUUGGGAUAAAAUCUGCACCGAGAGAGAUCCUUUUAUCCUCUGCAGCUUGAUGUGGUCAUGGAUAGAGCAGCUGAAAGAACCUAUUAUAUCCAAAGAUGAUAUUGACAUGCUGGCAAAAAACUGCACAAAAUCCCAGGAUGCACUCUACUUGCUGAGAAAGGAGCAGUGUCAGACCAUCCUUUGUAUUUUACACUGUGUGGUGAAACUGCAAGUGCUGCCAGCUGACGUGGAGGAGGCCGUACUUGCUCGUGCUAUUAAAGCUUUCACCAAGACAAGCUUCAAUUCUGAGGAUGGGCCAUAUGUUUACAAUACCUUGAAAACUGUAUUUAAACAAGCACUGGAAGAAAAAAGGAAAAGGAUUAAAGAAGGAACAGAGAAUCCUUCUUGAUUUCUACACAGCUCUGCCGAAGAAUUAGAUGGGCCUACCAAAUUAUUUUGCAUUUUCCAGCUACUGCAUUUUGUGCUACUUGGCAUGAUCUACUUAACUUUAGGUAAUAGAAGUUAUUAACAAAUCAUUUUAUUUUUUUAGAGGGAGGUUUAGUGGCAGUUGUUCAGUCUACAUAGUUUUAAAGAACAGCUCCAUGUGACCAUUCUCUGUAGCUUUUUGUUUCAGGUACUGUUCUUUUUUGUUGUGAAGGGUUCUCCAGUUCUCAGAUGUGUUUAUUGAUUUGGAAACCUCUGUUUUUGUCAAGAAACAUUAUUGUCAAGUUAUAUGACUGCCAUAAGUUCAGUGCCAUGAUCCCCAAAGGUUUAAUGGAUUAAUAUUUAUGUAUUAUAUAUGUUUACAUUAAUGAUAUUUGAUUUUACUUUGCA